AUGAAGCUAACAACCGCCUUCUUGGGCUUGAAUGUAGCCCAGAUUGUAAUGGCAUCAGCUAUGCCAUCCUAUCCUGGACGUGCCAACUUGACUGUGACGACAUAUGCUGAUGAUAUGUUCAAUACCGCAAUUGAAUGGAACGACGGCUUCUGGGACGAAGAGGCAGGCUUCCUGAUUGCAGCAGCUAGCAAUGACGGUCGUUACGACACGCGACACAGCGGCUGGUACGCAACCCAAUUAUUGGCCAGAAAUGGACCCGGAGAUGUUGCUCGAGCUGUGCGCAUUUUUGACAAUGUUAUCUCGGGGCAAUACCUUAAUUCUGCUUGGCAAUGGUACGGCGAUUACCAACACUCGCCGUCGGAGCCCGAGCCUGGAACUCCUGAAUACGCCAAUGGCGGACCGUAUACAUCAUGGGAUCCUAACAUCCGGGACUUUGUAGGCUGUGCUUGGCUCAUGGCUCUCAGUGAUUAUGAGCAUCUACUCCCAGCGGCGACGGUCGCCAAGAUUGAGAAAUCGCUCCUCCUUGCGGCAAAGGGGGACCUAUACCGUGUUGGUGGAGUUGACGGCGAUAACCUUUACCCCUGCUAUUCGAAUCCAUGGUUGAUGGGGACAAUCCUGGUUAGCUGGAUUGGUACACGAUUGGGCGAUAAAAACUUGACACAGGCUGGAGAGAAUUCUGCACAGGAAUUUUACGAUCUCUGGAGCCAGCAUCGUACUCUUUCUGAAUUCAACUCCCCAACAUAUGCCGGUGUCUCCAUGUGGGCCUUGUCUCUAUGGAGCAAAUAUGCUGCAGAGGGCAGUCUAUUGAAGAAAUACGCCCCCGAGGUCUUGACCACGACCUGGAACGAUAUUUCCCAAUUCUACAAUGCGAAUCUAAAGAACCUUGCUGGUCCCUGGGACCGCACUUAUGGCUACAACAUGAAGGAAUACACGUCUUUGGUUGGCGCUCUGAUCUGGGGAGCUGUAGGACGCGAACAUGCUCCAUUCCCGCAACGAACAUCGGGCAUGUAUCAUCAAGAUGAUUUUGCCUUCUACCCACUCUUUGCCCUCAGCAUGCCAGAGAUGCUGAAAUACCUCUCCGCGGAAUCGAAGUCGAGCUUCGUCAAGUUCCCCGGGGAGCACUUCUUUACCGGCCAGGCUUAUUCUCCACCAUUCGACACCUAUCCGCGGAACAUCACUACUUGGAUGUCUAAGAAUAUCACCAUUGGUGCGGAGACUGUUGCUGAACAUGUUAUUGGAGGGCCAGCAAAGAGCACUUCUGCGUUUAGCCCUGCUGUUAUUCAGUGGACUAUCGACAACUACCAGAUUGGAUGUGUCUCGCACUGGGUGACCGAGUCUUCUAUUCAUGCUGUGGCUUCUCCAAAGGCUUUGAAAAUCUCCUAUCCAAAUGCCACUGCAUCAAAUGGUCCCGUGUCCUUCAACUUCUUAUUCAGUGGUCUCAAUGUUCGAAAUGGCUUUAAUGUGACUGGACUCGAGGGCUUGCCUGGUCUACCUCUGGAGGUCAAGACUAAUGCGGGUGCGGAUUACAGUAUCGUCUAUAACACAGAUCAGACUGUGAAUGACUUUAUUUUUUACAAUAUUACUUAUACGAUGCCAGAGCAUUUCACCGAGGAGCCUUAUAUCUCUCUCCGAGUUGUUUGA